ACUCCCCAUCCCGCCAUCCCCGUUUCAGUGCGGCCGCUCCCAUUUCGGAUCCCAGAGGCCCGUUUGUUCCCAGAGGGUGGAGGGUGUUAGGAUCAGGAAGGCAGAGCCUGAAGCUAGAGUGGCGAGUGAGGCUCCUCCCUGCGGAGCCCGAGGGGCAUCUGCAGCCCGAAUUUAUUCUUCGCAGGGAGGUAGAGAGGAGACAUCUCCUUGCAGACCGCCCCUCCGCUUGGUGGUCCUGAGGCUCCCGUGGGCACAAGGGAGAAGGAAGGUUCACUAUUUAUUCCCAGACGGCAAGGAAAUGGCUGAAGAAUAUGACGAGAAGACGAGUGAACUACUUGUGAGAAAGUGGCGUGUGAAAAGUGCCCUGGGAGCCAUGGGCCAGUGGCAGCUUGAAGUAGGAGACCCAGCGCCCCUAGGAGCAGGGAACCUGGGGCCUGAACUCAUCAAGGAAAGCAAUGCCAAUCCUAUCUUCAUGCGCAAGGACACCAAGAUGAGUUUCCAGUGGCGGAUUCGAAACCUCCCCUAUCCUAAGGAUGUCUAUAGUGUCUGUGUGGACCAGAAGGAGCGCUGCAUCAUUGUCAGAACAACCAACAAGAAGUACUACAAGAAGUUCUCCAUUCCUGAUCUAGAUAGACACCAGCUACCUCUGGAUGACGCCUUGCUGAGCUUUGCCCACGCCAACUGCACCCUGAUCAUCUCUUACCAGAAGCCAAAGGAGGUUGUGGUGGCCGAGUCUGAGCUACAGAAGGAACUAAAGAAGGUAAAGACAGCCCACGGCAACGAUGGGGACUGCAAGACCCAGUAGUUGGCCCCUGAGCCUUAUACCUCCACCACAGGGGGUGCCGUGAGACUUCAAGGCUUGGCCCUUCUUGACCACGGCAGCCUCCUGUCUUCUAGGAACUAUCAAGGGUCUCUAAGAACUGGGCAUGGGGCACUCCUAGCCAGUGAGUCAUGGUCAUAUUUCCUGAGUAAAGUCAUUCUGAGUUA